AUGAACAUUCAAAAUCCAAGCACUGAACGUGACUACAUCCCUAUUGCCGACCAUGGCUUGAUCGGUAAUCUGAGGACUGCUGCUCUGGUCAGUCUUGAUGGAUCAAUCGAGAGUUAUUGUAUCCCAAAUUUCGACUCCCCCGGCGGCCAUUUCUCCAUCACACCGACCGUUCCUUUCAGCACCAAGCACAACUACUUGCCGAGCUCAAACGUGCUACAGACCAAGUUUCUCAACGAGAAGGGCGUAGUUAGUGUCACCGACUUCCUUCCCCGCCUAGAGAAUGGCGAAUCUACGCAUCCGUUAAUGUUUUGGCUCGUCAGGCGUGUCGAGGUGGUCCGCGGUACUGUCCCGCUGCGCGUCGAAUGCGCUCCCGCCUUCAACUAUGCUCGGGACCCCCACGCUACCCAAAUUGUCCCCGACGAUACCAUUCCACUCCAAUUUUCCAAACAAAACAAAGUCGUCUUCACUUCGAGGCCCGCUGCCUCCCCAUAUCUUGAGAAGGGCGCGGGCGCUCAGAACACGGCGCAUAGCCCGCUCACGCUUGACUUGCGAUUCCUUCCCGAGUCUUUGCUUGAGAAUGUCCCUGUACCUGAGGUUUCUUUGAAGACCCUGAAUCUCAGUGCAAAGGGUCACCUGGGCUUGGCCGCACAGACAGAAUUGACGCUCGUAGAGGGUCAGCGGGUGACGUUUGUGUUGCGGAUUGCGCCUGAGCAUAAAGGUAACAGUGGGUCGGGUAUAAAUGAAGAGCAAGCAGAGCUGCUAGGAGUUAAUUAUCAGAAGCUGAUGGCGGGUGCACACAAGAUGAGGUCAAAGGAUGAUCCUGUCAUGACCAGCGAACUCCUCGACCAUCUGUUUGUCUCUACCAAUAAUUACUGGAACUCUUGGGUCAGGAAAUCCACCUACCAGGGUUCGUGGAAGGAGGCUGUGCACCGAAGUGCAUUGGCGUUAAAGUUGCUCAUAUAUGAACCCACUGGCGCCAUUGUCGCGAGCCCGACAUUCAGCUUGCCCGAAUACAUCGGCGGGACUAGAAAUUGGCACGCUUAUCCUUCUUCACCGUAUAUGGACUUCAUCUUUGAGCGGCUGAAGAACAAGAACCCAGAUGGUGGCAAAGAUCUGGAGGAGAUAGAGCUUCUCCAUCUUGAUGGACACAAAGGUUCUAAGCCUGUUCGUAUUGGCAAUGGCGCGGCUGAUCAUGUCCAACUGGACAUUUACGGUGAAUUGAUGGAUUGUAUUUACCUCGGACAGAAGUUCGGUAGACCAUUGGUGAUCGUUGUCGCAAACUACAAGAAACCCGACUUAUCCAUAUGGUCAGUACGCGUCAGGAAGGAGUGUUUUGAGGCUAAGUGUCAAUGUCCAUAUUGCAGGGAAGUCCGGGGCAAGGAGCGCCAUUUCACAGUGGUUGCAAUUGAUAGAGGUCUUCGCCUGGCGGACAAGCGUUCUCUCCCUUGUCCUCGCCGCCUAGAGUGGCUUACCGCACGCGAUGAUCUUUACGAAGAAAUCAUGCACAAGGCAUGGAACAAGGACCUGCAGGUCUUCGGGCAGAGUUAUGAAGAGACAGACGUGCUUGAUUCAUCGGUGCUCAUUAUGCCCCUCGUGUUUUUCAUGACGCCGUCUGACACACGGUUUGUGAGCACACUCAAGCAGAUUCUCAAGACGCCUGAAAGGGGAGGAUUGACCUCUAAUAACCUCGUCUACCGGUAUGAUGUGAAUAAAUCUGAUGAUGGCGUAGGAGGUGAGGAAGGCACGUUCUGUCUCUGUACGCUGUGGUGCGUCGAGGCUCUGACUCGUGCCGGCGAGUACGAGAGGCCACUUUUGCAGCGUGCUGUGGCGAUGUUUGAGGACUUCCUGUUGUAUUUAAAUCACGUGGGCUUGUGCAGUGAGGAAAUCUCGGAGUCAGGCGAUGCGCUUGGAAAUGCCGUCCAGGGUUUCACCCAUGUGACCCUCAUUUCCGCGGCGUACAAUCUUUCGAGGACACUGGCAAAUCAGCGAUCCGUGUAG